AUGAGUGAUGAGUUGGUGUCUGUUGUAUCUGACGACAACGACUUUCUGAAUGAUCUUGAGGAAAAUGAGGAGAACUGCAAUGAUGUCGCGAAUGACGACGAGAUUGUCAAUGUCUUUUCCAAACAAAUGCCACCCAAUGCUUCUGAUCCCAAAUACGUGGAUUCUUUGAUUGCCUCUCAAAUGGCUAUGCUAUCAGUCGUUGAUCGAGAAAAGGCAUACAUGGACGUUCAUGGGAUGCCAGAAUUGGUACAAGAAACUCCAGAAUUGAUCCAGGAAAGUUUGUUGCUACUCCAAGAUGAGAUUGAUUUGUUAUCCGCUAAGGAAGCUUACAAUAUUGCCGAACGGCUGGAUCCAGAUUAUGUCCGGGAUCGAGACUUCUGCCUCGCCUUUCUUCGAUGCGAGAAGUUUGAUUGGCAAAAGGCAGCUAUGCGGAUCAUACGACAUUUUCAGACGAAACUGGAUUUGUUUGGUAAGGAUAAGCUUGCGAUGGACAUUACCCAAGACGAUUUGGAUAUGGACGACAUGGAUGCUGUCUACAGCGGCGCUGGACACUUUCUGAAUGCAUGUGAUAGCGGGGGAAGGAUAAUCAAUUUUCUAGCCGGGGUGCCGAAAGUGUACGAGACAGAUGCAGUGCUUAGAAGAGCGUUUUACAAUAUAAUGGUGGCUUUUCGCCACAACGCCGAGGUACAACGGCGUGGAGCAGUUAUUGUCGGCUGGAAUGCUGGUGGUGUGAAAGGGACAAGCUGGGACAAUGCUGAUGCCAACUGGAAACUGCCAAAGUUGCAUGAAGCAACUCCUAUGCGGGUAUCAGCAGCCCACGGUUGCUACACCGAUGAAGAUUGGAAGGAAAAACUUGCGGUAAUUACCAUGGGUUGCAACGAGGAGAUCCAAGUGAGACUCCGCGUUCAACAUGGCACCGUCCAAGAGUGCCUGCAACACUUACGACGACAUGGGAUCGACCCAGCUUGCAUCCCAGUCAAUGAACAAGGCGAAACUACAGACCAUUUGGAAUAUUGUCUUCGAUUGGAGCAACAGCGGAAGCAUGAGCGUCUGAACUAUCCCCUUCGGCAUAGCAUUGGGGUUCCAUUUCCACAAGAUGUGCUUCUCGGCAAAGGCCUUCCAUUUCAGAAUCACCCAGGUAAUACGAACUUUCGGCAGGUGGUCGUCGAUCGAUACAAGGAAUAUGAAAAGGCGCAAAAAGGGUUAAAGAGGGCUAUUGCUAAAGAAAUCGUUGAUACCAUUAGGGGCAACGGAGGCCUAUUCCUGAAGCAAGAUGGGAAGAAGUGGGUCCCAGCCAACGAUGAAGUAUCGGUGUUGAAAGUCAGCGCUGCUUUUCGAACGUUACGGCUGAAGGGCGGGGUAAAGUAG